AUGAGCAGCGCCAGAACGUUCAGAGAGGAGCCUGCUGCCAUCGUCCCCCAAUUUGAUGCGAGAAUUGCAGUGAUUGACUCUGAAAUAAAAGCAUUGGAAGCCCAGAAAAACGAGCUCGAAGAGGAGGCCAUGCCGCAUCAUCGGAGGUUGAAAGCCUGCAACGACGUGCUCGCACCUAUUCGACGCGUCCCUUUCGACAUAAUCCGGGAAAUAGCCCGUCUUACAGUGCCCAGGAACCCGUCGGCUACAACCAAGAAAAGCCCCCUUUCUCUAUGCCAUGUAUCAUCCGCAUGGCGAAGGGCGGCCUUGUCCCUUCCAGAGUUAUGGACAUCGCUCUAUGUUCCACUCUUCGACAUCCUUUCGUUCAAAAGGUACACCCUACGGGUCGUGGAAUGGUUCGCACGCGCCAAUGGACAGCCAUGUUCGUUGUAUCUCCACUUCCACUUCGCAUCUCCCCACGAGGACACGGCGAAGGAAGCACACCGAAUCUUUCUCCAGGGCAUUCGAUCGUCCAUUGGCCUAAUUCGACAUCUUGCGAUCUCAGCUGAUAAUAUCUCCGAUGCCCUACCCAGCUUCGAAAAGGCCGAAUGGGUAUUUGAACGUUUAGAGACGUUGGAGCUCUUCAGCAGCGUAGGUUCCGACUAUGGGUGGAUCUUAGACGACAGGCAACCUGACUCCGACGUUGUCGUUCCGCCUAUGGAUCUCUUCAAAACGGCCACGAAACUUCGUUCGGUUACCAUUGAAGGCGGUUUUAUACAAACGCGAGGAGCCCAAAAACUUCUUCCUUGGUCACAGCUCACGGCCGUCGCCCUGACAGAGUGGCUCCGCGUAGACGAUUGGGCUGAGAUUAUGGAAUCCUGCCCCCAGAUGCAGCGAGGAUAUUUCCAUGUCGCGGCCACGUGGAUGCCUACCAUCUCGCAGCCCAAGCACGUCCUGACUCAUCUGGAGGAGCUUCGGCUACGUGUCCUUUACUGCUCUCCGUCGAUCAUUGAACUAGUCGAUGCAUACGAUCUGCCGAAGCUCCGGGUGCUUAGUCUUGAGCACGACGGCGACGAAGACUCCAUGGAAUGGGACUUAUCCCAUCCUCCGCCCGCCAAUGAAAUUCCUGCGUUCAAAACCCUUGAAACCCUGUCAUUUAGUGAUGUUUGGCAAGAGACCGCCCCGCUGUAUGUCCUCGAAAUGCUCGCGGAGGGGACCAACUUGCGCAAGAUUGAAAUUAAUGACAUCGUCGCAAGCGACGUGUACCAGGCGCUGUUCAAGGCCAUGUCAUUCCAUCAAGCGAAUCCCGUUCUUCCGAGGCUAUCAACUCUCCAUCUAACGGCUAAAAAGAAGGUCACUGAUUGGGCGGUCUUCGUCGAGAUGGUGCGCUCGAGGUGUUUCGACGUCCCCUUGGACUGGCAAACUCUUAAAGAACUCGAGGUAAUUAUUGAACAAAGCUUUCGUUCGCGAGAGCGCAAGAUCAUUCCUGCUAUCAGGUUGUUGAAAGAGGCUUUAAAGUCGUGUGAGGAUGCCGGUCUGGCGAUGAGGAUAGGAGACAACCGUGAUUUCAGACUGAGAAGGGCCAAUAGCGGCGCCCUUAUUCUCAAUGGCUGGCGGCCAUGGUUCUCGUUUACGGGAUGGGACUACUCAGAACAAAUUUGCAGAUAA